AUGAACAACAUGAAAGAACAGAGGAAAAAGAAAUCAUCAAUGUUGAAACCCAGAUGUUUUACAGCAUUUGCUCCUCAUCAUCAUGCCUCUUUGUGCUGCACCAUUUACCUCCUCCUCAGCAGCAGCCACUACUUCAUUCUCUUAUCUCAAGCUCAAACCAAUGCUACUACUGACCCAUCUGAAGUGAGGGCUAUAAACUCCAUUUUCGAGCAAUGGGGUCUCACGGCUUCUGAUAAGUGGAACUUUAGUGGUGAACCUUGUACUGGAAUCGCCACUAAUGACUCAGCGAGUUUCGACAGUGGGGACUUCAACGCCGCCAUUAAGUGUGAUUGCUCAUACAACACUGCCACCACUUGCCAUAUUACCCAAUUGAAAGUAUAUGCAUUGGAAGUGGUGGGGACACUUGUAGACGAGCUUAUGAAUCUGACUUACCUCACCAAUAUGAAAUUGGGUCAAAAUUACUUCACAGGUCCCUUGCCAACAUUUUUUGGCAGUUUUACUCAAUUGCAGUACUUGGAUGUUGGUAUUAAUGGUUUAUCUGGAGAGCUUCCAAAAGACCUUGGAAAUCUUACCAAUCUACUUGUAUUGGGUUUUGGCUCAAAUAAUUUCUCUGGUUCACUCCCUCCUCAGCUUGGGAAUUUAACAAAGUUGGAACAACUUUACUUUGAUAGUUCAGGAUUGAGUGGCGAGAUCCCAUCUACAUUUGUCAAACUACAAAGCUUACAGACAGUGUGGGCAUCUAACAAUGCACUUACUGGAAAAAUUCCUGACUUCAUUGGCAUGAAUUGGACUAAGCUUACUUCCUUGAGAUUUCAAGGAAACUCGUUUGAUGGACCGAUUCCUUCAAGUUUUUCUAAUCUAACCUCCAUGACAGAUUUGAGAAUUAGUGAGAUCCCUAAUGGGAGUUCAUCAUUAGCAUUUAUUACAGGAAUGAAAGCUCUAAGUACUCUAGUCUUAAGGAAUAACAAUAUUAGUGCUACUAUUCCAUCCAAUAUGGAAGAGUAUCAGAGUUUGCAACAAUUGGACUUGAGCUUCAACAAUUUAACUGGACAAAUUCCAAGUUCGCUCUUCAAUUUGAGUAGUCUUGCUUAUUUGUAUCUUGGAAACAACCAAUUAUCAAGUGUCUUGCCUUCUCAAAAGAGUUCCUCACUUCUUAAUAUAGAUUUGUCAUAUAAUCUAUUAUCAGGAAUCCUUCCUUCAUGGGUUUCACAAGACAGUCUGCAAGUAAACUUGAUUGCCAAUAACUUCAACAUUAGUAGCUCAAAUAUCAGUGGUUUGCCUUCAGGAUUGAAUUGCCUUCAACGAAACUUUCCAUGCAAUCGGGGCUCUCCAAUAUAUUAUAACUUCUCAAUCAAGUGUGGAGGUCCAGAGAUUAAGUCUUCUGCGGGGAUUGUAUUCGAUAGAGAGAAUGAAACACUUGGCGCAGCCACUUAUAAUGUCAUUGAUACAGAAAGAUGGGCAGUAAGCAACGUUGGAAGGUUUGCUGAGAACAAUAAUGCUGAGUAUACUGUAUCUUCUUCUUCGCAAUUCCAAAAUACUUUAGAUUCAGAGUUGUUCCAGACAGCAAGAAUUUCUCCAGGGUCACUAAGAUACUAUGGGCUGGGGCUUGAAAAUGGAAAUUACACUGUGAGCCUACAAUUUUCUGAGAUUGUAUUCCCAAAUACUCUUACUUGGGAGAGUCUUGGAAGGCGUGUGUUUGAUAUUUACAUCCAGGGUAACCUAUGGCUAAAAGAUUUUGACAUACGGAAAGAGGCAGGGGGAGUCUCUUUUUCAGCUGUACAAAAGGAAAUCCAAGCCCAAGUGUCGGAGAACUUCCUUGAAAUCCAUUUCUUUUGGGCUGGAAAAGGGACUUGUUGUAUACCUAAACAAGGUACAUAUGGACCAUCCAUUUCAGCCAUCAGCGCUGUUCCAAAUUUUGUUCCAACUGUUACCAACACACCACGUACACUUACUUCAACAAGGAAGACAAGCACUGGUUUAAUUGUUGGAAUCGCUGUUCCGAUUGGAGUUGUAAUCUUUCUAUUUGUUUUGGUGGUUUACUAUAUUCUUCAAAGAAGGAAAGGGUUGAAAAGUCAGGAAGAUGAAGAGUUUCUAGGUAUAGCUUCUAGACCAAACACUUUCAGUUAUGCAGAAUUGAGGACUGCUACAGAAGAUUUCAAUCCUUCUAAUAAGCUCGGGGAGGGAGGCUUUGGACCUGUUUACAAGGGAACGCUUCCCGAUGGAAGGGUGGUGGCUGUGAAGCAACUUUCAGUGGCAUCCCACCAGGGGAAGAGUCAGUUCAUAGCAGAGAUUGCUACCAUAUCUGCAGUGCAACAUCGAAACCUUGUGAAAUUGUAUGGUUGUUGCCUCGAGGGAGAUAAGCGACUUCUGGUUUAUGAGUACCAUGAAAAUAAAAGCCUUGAUCAAGCACUAUUUGGAAAGAGCAGUUUACAUCUUAAUUGGCAAACGCGCUAUGAUAUCUGUUUGGGAACAGCACGUGGUCUAGCCUAUCUCCAUGAAGAGUCGAAGCCUAGAAUUGUACACAGAGAUGUCAAGGCUAGUAAUAUUCUACUUGAUGCUGACCUCAACCCCAAAAUUUCAGAUUUUGGUUUGGCCAAACUUUAUGAUGACAAGAAGACCCAUAUAAGCACUCGAGUUGCAGGAACAGUUGGCUAUCUUGCACCAGAGUAUGCUAUGCGUGGACACCUAACUGAGAAAGCUGAUGUUUUCGCAUUUGGAGUAGUAACUCUAGAGAUCAUCAGUGGGAGGCCGAUUUCUGACACAAGCAUGAAUGAAUCAAAGAUUUAUCUUCUUGAAUGGGCUUGGAAUCUACAUGAAAGUAAUCGUGAACUGGAACUGGUUGAUCCUGCACUAUCAGAAUACAAUGAUGUAGAAGCGCAACGACUAAUAGGAGUAGUUCUCCUGUGCACUCAAGCAUCACCAUCCCUACGUCCAGCAAUGUCCCGUGUGGUGGCAAUGCUUUCAGGAGAUACUGAAGUGGGCACUGUCACAUCAAAGCCUGGAUACUUAACUGAUUGGGAAUUCAAUGAUCUAAGCAGCUUUAUGAGUGGUGACAUUUCUGGAACCUCAACGAGUGAAAAUCCAAAGAGCCAAACCACCUCUUCAAAUCCAACCACUGUGGCUGAUGGAGACCAAAUGUUGCAUCAGCAUUUGGCAGAGGGAAGGUGAUAGUCACCUUUUGAAUUGGUCAAUUGUUGUAUGAAGAAUUCAAAGAUUUUGUUCUUGUAUAUUAUUGUCAUGAAGGAAUACACAUACAUGAAACUUAUG